AUGAGCGCGGCUCAGGCGAACGACGCGGAGAAGAACAUCGAGAUAUGGAAGGUCAAAAAGCUGAUCAAGCGUCUCGAGGCAGCUCGUGGAAAUGGAACGUCCAUGAUCUCGUUGAUUAUCCCGCCUAAGGAUCAGGUUUCACGAGCUGCCAAGAUGUUGGCGGAAGAAUUUGGCACUGCUUCCAAUAUCAAAUCUCGAGUUAACCGUCUCUCUGUCCUGUCGGCCAUCACCUCGACGCAACAGCGCCUCAAGCUAUACACUAAAGUCCCUCCAAAUGGACUUGUUAUCUACUGUGGUGAAAUCAUCACCUCUGAGGGAAAGGAACGGAAAAUCAACAUCGAUUUUGAGCCUUUCAAGCCCAUCAAUACGUCACUCUACCUUUGCGAUAAUAAAUUUCAUACCGAAGCCCUCAGCGAACUACUCGAGUCUGACCAGAAGUUCGGAUUCAUUAUCAUGGAUGGGAACGGUGCUCUUUUUGGAACCCUAAGUGGAAACACAAGAGACGUCGUCCACAAGUUCUCCGUCGAUCUGCCUAAGAAGCAUGGCCGUGGUGGUCAGUCUGCUCUGCGUUUCGCCCGUCUUCGAGAAGAAAAGCGCCACAACUAUGUCCGCAAGGUUGCCGAAUUAGCAGUGCAGAAUUUCAUCACCAACGACAAAGUCAAUGUUGCCGGUAUCAUCCUUGCCGGAUCCGCUGAUUUCAAGAACGACCUCAACCAGUCCGACAUGUUUGAUAACCGCCUUCAAUCGAAGGUUAUCAAGGUUGUUGAUGUUUCUUAUGGUGGUGAGAAUGGCUUCAACCAAGCCAUUGAACUUGCCUCCGAGACCCUUGGCAAUGUCAAAUUCAUCCAGGAGAAGAAGCUCAUCGGUAAAUAUUUCGAGGAAAUCAGUCAGGAUAGCGGAAGAGUCUGCUACGGUGUGGACGAUACUCUCAAAGCCUUAGAACUAGGCGCAGCAGAAACGUUGAUCGUUUACGAAAACUUGGACAUUACGCGAUGGGUUCUCAAGGCGAACACUGGCUCAGAGGUUAUUCUCCACACCACCAAGGCCCAAGAAGCCAACCGCGAAAUGUUUAUGGACAAGGAAACCGGGCAGGAAAUGGAAAUCGUCGACCAGAGCCCGUUCCUCGAAUGGCUUGCCGAGCAUUACAAAGAUUUUGGUGCUACCCUGGAGUUUGUUUCUGACCGGUCCAGCGAAGGAAACCAGUUUGUAAAGGGCUUUGGUGGUAUCGGAGCUGUUCUCCGCUACAAAGUCAACUUCGAGCAGUUGGCUGAUUAUGAAUCCGAGGACGAAUUUUACGACGCGAGGAUGAUCGCCCAGAAAUCCCUUUGGCGGAUGUUCUGA